AUGGGUCGACAUAAGAGAAUCCCGACGAAGAAUCGAAAGAAACUGAAAUCAGUUGAUCCAUUCAACAAGAAGGCACCGGCUCUGAAGGCGGAGGCAAUGAGCAAAAUAAAUUGGGAGCCAAAGGAUGAUGUGCAGCCGGUACCUCGUUCGUUGUUGGAGUUGCAGGUAGCAGAAGCAGAGAAGAUCGGUAUUCGGAAAGGUCGUUUCGAAACUAUUCCACACUUUGUGCGUCGCGUCGAACGAAUGACCUACGCUGCCGUAAAGGAUCACGAAAUGUUGGUCAAGCAAGGCUUGGCAGGACGAGAUGAAUCAGAAAUCGCGGCUGAUUUCAAGCUGUUGGAAGAAAAGGAGAAAAGAAGAAAAGAGCAAAAGAAAAACGAGAUUCAAAACAAGAUAAAAGCGGCUCGAGAGAAACGAGAACGUGAGGCUAAAAUAAAAGAGGAAAGACUAAAAGAGAAAGAAGAGAGGAAAACUAAACGAAAAGCAGAAGCUCUCGGAGAUCAGGAUAUGGUUGAAGUAACACUGGAGAAAGAUGAAGUACGUUUUUACUUUCAUGGUUAG